AUACGUAUUUGGCGAGUGCUGCGGUUUAUUAUGGUCUUUCAAAAAUUUGAUUACUAUUCCGAAUUUCCCAGCAACAGUAACAAGAACUGGGUUAAGCAGCACUCAAAUAAAAUGCCACAUAAACGAAUGGGAAGCGUUACAAAACCUACUGUAAAUUAAUCACCGGGGACCAGAGGGUUUCAGUCCUUCACUGAACAGGAACACUCUUCUGCUGGCAGGUGGUACAGAGCACUGCAGUCCCAGGCAUCACUUUUACGAGAAAAAAAGGGAACAGCAGGAGUGGAACUGAGCUUAAGCAGAGGGUUUGGGGAGAAAUGUAGGAGUCUGAAAGAAUGGGACAACUAGCCUUUCAUUGGGGAGCAAAGGAAAGGCUGAGAGACUAAAAGUACCAGCCGGGGAGAAGCAGGAUGAGCAAGGACAAACUGAGGAAAGUUUUUGCCUUCCGUCUCUGCCUUCUCUUCACAGCAGUUUUCGUCUGUAUCCAGGUCUACACUGACUUGGGAGAAUGGGCUUGGCCAUUGUUCUCGGGGGGUCGAACUGCUGAAGGUAGACAGGGUCCCCCACGCCAAGCCCAGGGCAAGAGGACCUCAGCAGAGAAAGGUGGCAUCACAGGGAAUCCGAGAAGAAGAGAUGGAGUUACAAAGAGACAGGUGACUUAUGUGAGGACUUUGAAAAGAGAUCCAACAGCAGCAGCAAGCAGCACCACAACUAGCCCAGAAAAGGCAGCAGGCUGUUGCCCUUCCUUCCUGAAUCACAGAAAGUUCCCACGCUGGCGUAUUGAUAUGCAGCCCUGGGCCAGUCCAAGCCACUCUUUAAAGGAUGAAGCUCUACGGUUCUUAAAUUAUAUCAGCAGUCCUCAGAUUUCUUGUGGAACACCUCUGGGGGACGGAUGGGUUGAAAAUCGUGAAGUCACAGAGAGACCCUGGCAGAUUUGCCUGGAUGAGAGAUAUAGCCUGUCACACCGCAUCAAAAAUAAGCAGUGCCGAGUCUAUUCACUUGGGCUGGAGAUUGUCGACAAGCAUCUUGAAAUGAGCUUGGCCAAGAGAGGGUGUGAGGUCCACUGCUUUGAUCCCAGUAUUAAGCAGGCCCACUUCCAUGACUCUGAGCUGCGCAUGUGGUACCAUCGCAUCUCUGUGGACUGGAGAGAUCCUAAUCCAGCUAUUCUUGGCCAAAGGCUCCACAGCAACACGAAGAAACUGGCCACGAUCUUAAAUGAAUUUGGCCACAGGAAGAUUGAUGUACUGAAGGCUGACAUGGAAAGUGCAGAGUGGAAGAUUCUGGAGAACCUUAUACUGGAGAGAGUGAUUGAUGAGGUUGGGCAGCUGGUGUUCGAGGUGCAUCUGCACUGGCCGGGUUUCGAGGUCAGCGGGGAUGACAGCACAGUGGUGCGCUACUGGUACAGCCUGCUGAAGGAGCUGGAGCAGAGCCACUUCCGCCUCUUCUACAGUCACACAGACCGAAGCAGGCCCCGCCUCUUCCUGCACCGGAACCUUUUCAACGCCAGCAGCACCUACACUCUCGGCUGGGUCAACACCAGGUGGACGCGGCCGUGAGCUGCAAAGACCUGCAUCGUUUCAAGUGUCAGCCAGGUCUGGACAGAAACGGGACAGGUCUUGAGUCAUGUCAAAGAAACAACCUGUCAAGGAAUCAUCCAAAAAAGCUAAUGAUGGAAGUAAUUAACCUGCUGCCUUUCCCCGACUCUUGCUUUGAGGCCAGUGAUUAUUAUGGGCAAAGGCUGAAAAGUUGGCUAUUAGAGCAACAUGUACAAGGCCAACAAGAACAAGUUUUUCUCUUGAACAAAUUCAAAGCAUGUUGGAAACCUUUAUCACCAUCUUGACUUUAUCUCCAACUCUUCCUGUGGCAUUAUGAAACUCAGCGUUUUAAAAAAAAAACAAUAUAGUCGUGUCUCUCUUCUCACUUUGAGCCUUCAUGUUAUAGGUUCUCAAGACCAGUUCACGAUCGUGCUUUUAAGCACUUUGGUUUGGCAAGAAGUCAGUGUCUCAAUAGAGCGAUUCUCUCAAAAGAAAUUCUCUUAGCAUAAUCCGAUGAAGGCAAGGACAUUUGUUUGAACAUGCUUCAUCUACCAAGCUUGUGAAGCAAAUCCAGAAGACUGCAUGGAACAUUACCCCUUGUAAAGGGGAAGAAUCUGAAAAAUAUUAACGGCACUGAUUCAUCUUUUCCUGUGAAGUCCAGGCCCUUACAGCAGGCUGAAUCUGUUCUCUCUUUAAGGAAGGCAAAAUGGUGCUGUAACAAAAGCAACAGCUAAGCAAAAAGUAAAUAUUGGCUUCCCGAAGGCACAGUAAUAGCAUUCCUAUCUUUUUCCAACUCAAGGACCCUGAUGCUGUGUUUAAAUAGCAUGGCUUUGUAACUACUAUGUAGUUAAGAAUUCCUCUUCAAUUGUCCAGAAACUGUGCAGGAAUUCUAGAUAAUCACACAACCUAUACACAAUCUUACCAGCUUGUGUUUUCUACUCUUUUUACAUCAGGACUGAUGUUGCUGUAUUCAAAACCUUCCCAUAUUUUUGAUUCUGUAUCAGAAACUCCUAUUUUUUUUUUCUAAGGGAAAGCUACUGUCUUUGUCAUUCUGAUUUUUUUCUAAGCAGCUUGCACAUUCAGUAAGAAUAAUUAAAGCCAAACAGAUUCCUUUUGGCGGCUGAACUCAGUGCAGCAGAACAGCCGGUUUCCACAACACACCAAAAAGACUGUAAUAAGUAACUGUCUUCCUCAGGCAGAGAAAACUCUCUCUCCCUUGUAUAAUAAAAUAUCAAGUGGGCUGCUGCAAAGGAUUCUUUCAGUCCCCUGCCCCCUCUCUCCUUUGUUGCCAGUUUUGAAAUAUUGAGAAGCACAGAGUUCUUUUGUUCCUCAGAUGACUGUGGUUCAAAUCCUUCUGGAGACCUCAGAUUUAAUUAACAUUUCUGAAAAAUAAAAUCUUUUGACGCAGUAUAAGCAAAAAGAAAAGUGAGGGUAAGUCCAAACACUACCCUUCGCUUAACAGAAAGCGAGCAGUUCUGCAUAAAAGCCUUUGGCGUGCCGCUUAUGUGCAGUACAGUCAUUUUUAACCCAAGUAUUGUGUCUAAAAAAAUCAUAUGCAGGUGUUAAUAGUCAAAAAGACAACAAGAGUUCAGUACAUAAAAGUCAAACUAUACAGUGCGCCAAUUAAAUGACCCUGACUGAAGACCAGUUAGGGCUUGUUCUGUAUCUUUUUUUAUCUAUAACUUAAAUAUAAAUACAACACACUUUUAAAUGAUUAAUAAAAAGAAGAAUAGCAUUAAAAAAUUUAUUUUCCUAUUUCUGCUGUGGGAAGCACCCCCCCCCCAACCCCUGGGCAUUCCUGCCUGACAGCUGUAAUGCUGACAGAACUGCACAUCCUGCCCUCCCUGUAUCCAAUCCACGAACAUGCCUCACUUCAAGAGCUCAUCUGCUGGAAGUAAGAUUCUCCAGUUUCAAUACUGCAAGUUGAAGCCCUAGUCUCUAAUAAAGUGUCAUUCAUUUGCUAA